GGAGGGCACCGGCACCCCACCGGCCGCGUCGCCCACAGCCCCGUCGAGGAUCCUGGCAGCCGCGGGCCGAACAACGCCGCCAUGGACAAGCUCUUCUUCACCGACUCGUUCAGAAAGAUCCUGCGAGUGGGGCAAGUGCAGACAGACAACAAUGUCUUCCGGCUCCACUACCGCUUCACGGGAUUGUUCUUGCUCGCCUGCAGUGUGCUCGUCAGCGCAACGCAGUUCUUCGGCAACCCCAUCUACUGUGUGGCCCACGAUGCCAUACCCGAGCCGGUGAUGAACACCUACUGUUGGGUGGAGGGAACCAUCACUCUGCCCCGCUCGCUGAACGGCACAGUGGGCAAGCAGGUCGCGUCGCCCGGCGUCGACCAGCGCCGCAUCAAGGACGGUGACGAGGUGAUCGAGCACGCGUACUACCAAUGGGUCUGCUUCGUCCUGUGCCUGCAGGCCAUCAUGUUCUACUUCCCACGCUGGCUCUGGCGGAGCUGGGAGAACGGACGCGUCCAGUCGCUCCUCCUGGAGCUGAACAAGCCACUGCUCGAGCACGAGAAGAAGCAGAAGCAGGUGGACGACGUGGUGGACUACUUCUACCGGCACCGAAGCCAGAACCAGUCGUACGCACUGCGCUUCUUCCUCUGUGAGCUGAUCAACUUCAUCAAUGUCAUCGGCCAGAUGUACUUCAUCGACAAGUUUCUCGGGGGAAUGUUCUCGACGUACGGCGCCGACGUCAUCCGCUUCAUGAACGAAGACCCCGAAGUAAGGGUGGACCCCAUGAUUCGCGUCUUCCCCAAGAUGACCAAGUGCCGCUUCCAUCGGUUCGGUACCUCGGGAGACGUGCAGAAGCACGACUCCAUCUGUCUCCUCCCGUUGAACAUCAUCAACGAGAAGAUCUACGUAUUCCUCUGGUUCUGGCUCAUCAUCCUCGCCGUGGUCACAGGAAUCACGCUGUUGUACCGCGUAGUCGUGUGCGCGUUCCCCCGAUACCGGUACCUGCUAUUGAAGACCCUCAGUCGCAUGGUGCCUCCCAAGAACAUGGAUCAGCUGGUGAUGAAGGCUGCGUACGGCGAUUGGUUCGUACUCUACUUGCUCAAGGACAACAUGCAGGCGUACCACUUUCGGGACAUCGUGAUGAAGCUUUCUCAGAGGCUGGCAGCGGAGAAAGAUCCGGAUUACGUGGACGGAGCGGUCAACUCCUCGGUAUAAACCACGCCCACCUUUACGACUUUUUGAACAGCAUGGCGGAAUAUGCGGCUCGGUGUGGUACCGUACGUGCAAACAUCGACACGUCACCUAAACUAAGUCGUUCCACACAGUGAUUUUUCCGUUUAUACCACUUCCAUACAGACUUAUAACUGCGUGCAUUUGUUCAUUUUAAUUAGUAAAAUGAUACAUUCUAGAUUUUAUUAGAUCGAAAUCGAUGAGACGAUCGAGCGUCUCAUUCUUUUUAUAUAAUUAUUUAUGAGGCUCCGAAUAAGUGCUUCAUAAACCGCUGAAUGCUGAUACGAGUAUGUACUUUUUUGGCAGAUGUGAAACGUUUUCGUGGAAUUUUCUUUUUGAAAUGACAUUGUGUUCCAAGUUGUUCAGGGGCUCGCUGACAAAGCUUCAGAGUUUACUGCUCCAGAAUAGCAAUACAAUCACACACACUACAGCGCUGCCGACAUUACUGAUCUUCAAAUUAACAUGCGCUUCGUGUGUAAUGUCCAAAUAAUUGUUGAGCUCGCCUCAUCGUUAGAAUGCAGUUCAAACUAACGAAGAAAACCCUUUGUUAAGUCGAGGGAUGGAUUUCAAUCAGGAGGAAAUUAUGUACCAACAAUGUAAAUGACGAAGGUUCGAGAGCUUAUCUUUUAGAGGCGUAAAUCUGACUGCUGAGAGAACGCACCAACCCUGUGACGCUAUCGACUUUAUUGGAUUGUGAUGCCCACUCAGCAUUAUUUUUCUUUUGCGCAUUCAUAUUUUCCACUUCAAUGCUCUUUUUAAAAUACGAAACGUGUACGUCGUUAUUUAGUGGCACAUACGCGGUUUUCACGUCACUAUAAUGCAAAUAUUUUAGUGUGGGUCGCAUCGCCAAUCACGAACUGGCCAUGUAUUUCUGGACUUCCCAACACACAAUAUUUUAGCUGUGUUCGUGUUCACGUUUUGAUGUUCAAAGCAGUGUUCUCGUUCAUUACAUUUCUGGUUGCCAGCACACGCCGUGUUUAUCAAUAACUCUUUUUAUGCAUCUGCACUUCCACUAUGUAGUAUACCAAAUGUGCUUUACUACUCUGUGCUUUCCUUCGUAACAAUCGACCAGCAUUUUUGAUCCCAUUUACGCGUUUAUGGGCUCUCGGUUCCUUCAAUGUUGGUUUCCUAUAUAAUAUAACCUGAUUGAUCUUUGCCAAACUGUGAUUGACUGGCCACAAGAUACCGUAUACGUGUAUCAUGUUCCCAGCACUGAACCCACGCGUCUUCGUGGUGAUGACCAACUGUGCUAAUUCUUCAGUAUUUUGUAGAGCCUUUGUUUGGCAGUCGUGCCUGUAAGGACAGCCAAGUAAAUCCAAUGCUCCAAGAGGGACGUUGCAGUGUGAAAAUGCCUUGCGAAGUGGCUCAGAACACCGAUAAAAUAUCCUCUUUGUUUCGGGGCGUUGAGGUUGCAAAUGACAAGCCAUUUUGAAUAUUGGCUCAAUUAGUUGUAAACAAAUAGCAGAAGCCUUCGGUUGUUGUUCGGAGAAAUAAAGCCGCGAUGAAUUUUUUUGGUGAGGCAAGGUUGGCAGUUUAUUUUUCACAAAUUGUGGAUAAGGCAAGCUAUGCACGACACCGCUGCAGGAUAUUUAUAUUCUCUCGUUUCUUUUUCUUUUACCAAUCAAUCAAUUAAUCAAUCAAUUCAUCUUUUAUUAUAG